GCAACAAAGAGAGACAAUAUGUUCAGGAUAGCGAGCAGAGCAAACACCAAAAGGGUAGUUCCAAGACUUUCAACUAAGUUAUUGAAUUCAAGUCGUUUGUUGUCCACCUUUGAAUUACCAGAAAACAAAAUCCUUGAAACCAUCAAGGAAGCCAAUACUCCUUUUGAAGGAUUGUUUUCUAACAAAGCUAUUAAUGAAUUGUACUUUGAAAGAGGACAGCAUUUAGUUGAUGAAUUAAAUCGUAAUUUGGAGGCUUCUCAAGUUACUGGUGAUUUGCAUUUCCGUGGUGACUUAUCUCAUAUCAUUAGCAAGACCAUGAACAACGCUAAUUUGUACCAAAUUAAUAAGAAUGCUAGUCAUUUACAUAGCUUGGAAUUCUUCUUUGACGCCCUCAAGCCUGCAACAUUGGCCGAAGGUAAAGAAUCUCCUAUUCAAGAAAGCAAUCGUGAACUGAUUUUUGAAACUCCUAGUGAUCAAGAUAUUGAAACCAACAUGGAUCCUGAGUUAGUUAGUUGGAUCGAGCAUUCUUUUGGAUCAGUUCAAGAAUUCAGAAACUUGUUAAUUAACUCAGCAAUGGGAAUUAAAGGUGAUGGUGUUGUUUGGCUUGUUGCUGAAAGUAGCAUGAGCAAAACUUACCUUAGCGACGAAGAUAAGGGCCUCUACCACAACUUAGCCCUUGUAAAUACUUAUAACGGAGGUGUCAUCGACGGUGACGACAGAUCUGGACAAAUGGGCAGAUUCAAGAAAUAUUUGUCAGACAAAGAAGCUGAAAAUAAAGGAGAAGAAAAACCACAAGAACAAUUAGAAAUGGAACAAGAGGAAGAACAAAGUGAAGAACAAGAAGAAGUGACUGAAGAACAACAAAAGGAAGAAUCUAAAGACUCCUCUGACCCAUUAUCGUUAGGCUCUGUAGAGGAUGCUGAAUACGGUCAUGCUUUCCAUGACAAGAAGUUUGUUCCUGCCCUUGCUAUUGAUGCUUCCCCUAGAAACUACUUACUUGAUUAUGGGGUCUAUGGUAAGCAAAAAUAUUUGGAAAACUUGUGGGAAUGUAUCGAUUGGUCAAUUGUCUCUAGAAGAUUGCCACCUAGAACUAAACAAGCUAUUUCUAACUUCUAAUACACUCGACUCACUUGUAAAUAGAAAAAAUAAACACCCCAUCGCGUAUACUAUUACAAUUUUCUAUUUCAGUAAAAGGAUUUAUAAACUGCUCUUUAUAACCUAUAUAAACAUGUAGUGUCUCUAGUUCUUUAUGACUUUCUUGACAAUCUUUUCAACUUCGUCCCAGUCAUCGGUUGGAACUCUAGUCAUUUCAAUACCACCGAAAUAGUUUCUAAUCUUCAUCAAAAUAUCAUAAGAUCUCUUGUCAUGUACAAAAGAGAUGGAGACACCAACUCUACCAAAUCUACCUGUUCUUCCAAUUCUGUGCAAGUAAGUUGAUGGGUCAGCUUGGCCGUUCUUAUCGGUUGGUAAAUCGUAGUUAACAACCAUAGAAACUGACGCAAUAUCAAUACCUCUUGCCAAAACAUUAGUGGUGAUCAACACUUUAGAUCUACCUUCACGGAAGUCAUCAAUUAAUUUAUCUCUGGAUUCAUUUUCUAAACCACCAUGUAAAACAGAAACCGUGUGUCCUUCUUGUUUCAUCUUCAUAUACAAUUUAUCAGCAGUAGCUUUUCUUUCAACGAAAAUAAUCGAAGAUCCAAUGGUUAAUAAUCCGUAUAACUCACACAAAACCUGAAACUUGUGCUCUUCACUGGAACAAUCCAUAUAUAACUGUUUAAUACCUUCAACAUUUAAUUCUUCAUGUUUCAAUUCCAAGGAAUUAGCAUUAGGAACAAAUUUCUCAGCGUAUGCACGGACUUCAUCUGGGAAAGUAGCAGAAAACAAAACUAAUUGACAUGAUUUAGGCAACUGCUUCUUAACUCUAAGACAUUGAUCACCUAAUCCUUGGGCUUCCAACAUAUUAUCAGCUUCAUCUAAAACAAAUACUUUGACUUUGGAAGUGUUGAUAAGCUUUCUUCUCAUUAAAUCAAUAACAAUACCAGGAGUACCAACAAGAAUAUGUGCGUUAGUUGCCUUCCCUCUUUCAAGAGAAUCUGGAACAACCAAUUGGGAUGUGAUUUUGGUGAAUUUACCCAUUGUGGUGAUAACUUCCAAUGUUUGUCUAGCUAAUUCUCUGGUUGGUCCCAAACAAAUACAUUGAGUUGCUGGAAUGGACUCAUCAACACGAGACAACAUGGUUAAAGAAAAUGCACCGGUUUUACCGGUACCUGAUUGAGAUUGGCCAAUCAUGUUUUCAGGUGGAUUGGAAAGUAACAAUGGCAAUGCCUUUUCUUGAAUCUUGGAAGGCUUGUUGAAUUUCAUUGCAUAUAAACCUUUCAAUAACUCAGGAGACAAUCCUAAUUCUUCAAAUGACUUAACUGAAUACAACGGUGAAUUAGGAUCGGCUUGUAAAUCAGCCAACUUAACUUUGACUUCAUAGCUUGACUUGAUUAAAUUGGACUCUUUGGGACUCUCUUCUUUAUCUUCUAUCUUUACUUCUUCCUCCUUCUUUGGUUUCUCUUUUUCAGUUUCGACCUUUUUGUCGGUUGUUUCAGCCUUGUCAUCAUCAGUUGCUUUCUUAGUUUCUUCCUUGGUAGAGGUUUCUUUCUUGGCUCCAUCUAUGGAAAGACUAGCAAGCAAUUCAGAUGCAUCAGCAUCGACCCUCUUUUCUUUUUCGUUGGACAUGGCUUUGUUAGAU